AGUUGAUUUUGUUGACAUCGGUAACUGAGUGAACGCCACUUUUUGGUUUCGGGGGGAAAUAUUCGCCAUGACACACAGACUGAUGUGGAAACUUGCUGUGCUUCUGUUCAUCCACGUGAACCUGUCAAGCCAAAGCACUGAAAAAGGCUUUACUGGUGAAGAAAGUGAGGAGGGUGUAAAGGUGACAGUGACCGCUAAAAGCGUGCUGGAAAGCAAGCUCACCCACAUCUUCUUCCCAAUUGUGUACAUCGUCGUCUUCAGUGUGGGCCUGCCAACCAACGCUAUGGCCGUCUGGGUCUUUCUCUUCAGGACAAAGAAGAAGCACCCCUCCGCCAUCUUCAUGGCCAACCUCGCACUGGCGGACCUGCUCUUCGUUAUCUGGACCCCUCUGAAAAUCGCGUAUCAUUUUAACGGCAACAACUGGAUUUACGGAGAAGCCCUGUGCAAAGUGUUUGUGGCCUUUUUCUAUAGCAACAUGUACUGUUCCACUAUUUUCAUUGCGUGUAUCAGCGUCCAGAGGUACUGGGCUGUAGUUCAUCCGCUUUCCCAGCAGAAAAAGAACAACCGGUUGGCGAUUGGCGUGUCUGUGUGCGUUUGGUUGGUCGUGUGGCUUAUCACCAUACCUCUUUAUCUUUACGACCAGACUGUGAAGGUCACCAACCUUAACAUCCUCACCUGCCACGACGUCACUCGGCCCAGCCAAUCACUCUACCCCUCCAUCUACUUCCUGACCAUGGGAAUUCUGGGAUUUUUAGUUCCCUGCAUAGUGUGUAUAGUGUCGUACGUACAGAUGCUGCGUGCCCUCAAGAGCUCCAUGACGGAUGAAACCAUCGCUCAGAAGCGCAGGAAGGCUGUCAUUCUCGUUGUCACGGUACUGGUGAUGUUCCUGGUUUGUUUUACGCCCAGUAACAUCAUGGUCAUUGUGCAUUACUCGCUGUUGCAUGCAGGUGUGCAGGACAGCGGCUACGGCUUUUACAUCAGCACUUUGUGUCUGGCCAGCCUCAACAGCUGCGUUGAUCCGUUUGUGUAUUAUUUCAUCUCGGACGAGUUUAGGGAGCACGUCAGAAACACGUUUAUGUGUCGCAGCGAGCGCACGGCGCAGCGGAUGCGCGUCUCUUUUAGCGCUAUGAAGUAUUCAAAGAAAAGCAGCACGUACGCGUCGGACUCCGGGAACACGCAGAGCAGCUCCUACUGAGGACAAACAAGCUGUUUUAGCGCUCAGUGGCUCACAGAUGACUGGCAUUUUAAACUCUUGUGACAACCUGAAAUGUAAGAGAUGUUAUAGUGCCAUGAACACCCCGUAAAUUCUAAUGUCAACAUUAGGGGCAAUGGGAUCACUUAUAUGUGUAACAUAUUAACCAAAUCAUCCUCCUGUCACUGUAGAAAUGUUGUUGCUAUAACAUCACUUUUUACAGGUUUUCUGAAAUUUUGUGUGUGUACAAACCUGAAGUUUUUAGUAAUUUAUUUUUGAACUCAUUUUUUUUUGUUUUGUUUUGUGGAAUUGUGAAGAAUGUCCCAGAUACUCUACGGUGACCUUUAAUCCAGUUCUAUGGAAGUACACAUGUUGACUGAAUAACCGGCGCAUUCCUGUUUUGGAAACCUGUUACAGAAACCAUUUGACAUACUGUUGGGUUUCGUGAAUUGUAGGACGGACCUCUGAAAGAAUGUGAAAUGGUCUAUGAAUCACUUCUUUAGUAUCCAGUUUUAGCCUGUUUGUACAACAAGCAAAACCUCAUUCAUGUGUGCACUAAAUACUAAAUCUCUCAAUGACACUGAAGUGCACUAUUCACUGCGUAAUUAUAUGAAGAAUAUUUUCUUCUCUCCUGCUACUGUUUUCCUCACCUAGUUUCAAUGCGCACAAAAUACGGUAGAGUAUAUUGGUGUUAAUGUGUUUGUCAUUUUAAAAGUAGUGUUUUUUUUAAACAAUAAAUUUGCCUUUUCAAGUCUGCCUUUUAUUUGUGUGUGUGGUCAUAACGACUUUAGGUGCAAUAUGAUCAUUAAUGGAUCAAAGUGCUUUUCUUCCACACCGAAAGAUUGAAUGAAAAUCAAUAUAUUGAAAUGUACAGACACAUUUACCUUCCUUUUCAGUUUGUUUCAGUGCCUAACAUGAGCUACUUUUUAAAGUACAAUUUCCUUGUACUUUUGGUAAUGAUGACUUUAUGUAUCAGGUUGUGAGUCUGAGAUAAAAAAA